AUGCAUUCUAUUCUUCACCACUGCCACAACUUGCAAUGUGGUGGACAUUUUGGAGCCACGAGAACAUCAGCUAAGGUAUUGCAGAGUGGUUUUUAUUGGCCAACUUUAUUCAAAGAUGCUAACUUUUUUGUAAAGGCUUAUGAUCGGUGUCAGCACACGAGCAAUAUCUCCAGGAGAAAUGAGAUUCCUCUCAAUGUGAUUUUGGAAGUCGAGCUGUUUGAUGUUUGGGGCAUUGACUUCAUGGGUCCAUUUCCACCGUCGUACAAUAAUGAGUACAUUCUGUUAGCUGUUGACUAUGUGUCCAAAUGGGUGGAAGCUGUUGCGACAAAGACCAAUGAUAGUAAAACUAUGUUAAACUUUCUCCAUAAACACAUUUUCACUCGUUUUGGUACACCCCGAGCUCUCAUUAGUGAUGAAGGGAGUCAUUUUUUUAACAAACACCUUGAUACACUUUUAGCUUGCUACGACGUAUACCACCGCACUACAUUGCCAUAUCACCCCUAG